AUGAAGAAGCAAAACGUCCGGACCCUAUCGUUGAUCGUCUGCACGUUCACCUACCUCCUUAUCGGCGCUGCAGUGUUUGACUCCCUCGAGUCCGAGACGGAAAAACUGCGCAAAGAAGCGUUAGACGCCAUCGAGAGAAUGGUAAAACGCAAAUACAACAUAAGCGAAGACGACUUCAAAAUAAUGGAAACUGUGGUGCUGAAGACGGAACCACACAAGGCUGGCCAGCAGUGGAAAUUUGCCGGGGCAUUCUAUUAUGCCAUCACGGUCCUCACUACUAUCGGUUACGGGCACUCGACUCCAAAUACGAUAAGCGGUAAGCUGUUCACGAUGUGCUACGCGAUGAUCGGCAUACCCUUGGGCCUCGUCAUGUUUCAAAGCAUCGGAGAGCGUUUAAAUAAAUUUUCAUCCGUCGUCAUACGCAGAGUUAAACAACUACUCAACUGCAAGGACGUUCAGGCAUCGGAAAUAAAUUUAAUUUUCGUGGUGACGUUUCUCUCAAGUCUGACGAUAACGUGUGGCGCAGCUGCAUUCUCACAAUACGAAGGCUGGACUUACUUCGAUUCUCUAUACUACUGCUUCAUAACACUGACAACGAUCGGGUUUGGCGACAUGGUAGCGCUGCAGAAGGACAAUGCGCUCGAUAAUAAACCCGAGUAUGUAAUAUUUGCGCUAAUAUUUAUCCUGUUUGGACUGGCGAUAGUUGCCGCUUCGCUUAACUUGCUCGUCCUCAGAUUUGUCACGAUGAACACGGAGGACGAGAGGCGAGAUGAAGCAGAAGCGCUCCAGGCUGCGCAAGGAGCUGUCAGACUGGAGGGCGACGUGAUAACUGCCAACGGCUCGAUACUCUCGGGGCAAAUGGGGAACCAGGGCGACACGAUAUCCCUGGUAGACGACGCGUCGGUCUGCAGUUGCAGGUGUACUGGGUUUUACAGGAAGCAACGGCGACCGCGGUUCACAGUCCGGCGUUCGCCUGGAAAGAUCUCACAUCUGCUGCCUAUGCAGCAGUUUCCGGCCUCGAAUUUUAGGGAUGACAUUCGUCCGCCGCCUCUCACGCCGCUUCUUCACGUACCGCCAAUUUACCAGCACCGAGCGAGCAUCUGA